AUGCUCAUGAGGUAUGCGAAAGUUCUGGCUAAUGGAACAUACGUGAAGCCAAAAAACUCAAAGUUAGUGUACUUAACCAUGACGCAGGUAAGAGCGUAUUUGAUCCUGAAAUUAAGUUUCGCUCUUGGGGCGGCUACUACUAUCACAACGCGAUUCAGUGCUGUACGUGUGCAAGGACAAAAUGUUAAAACGCCAAAUAGGGAUACUGAUCAAACAGAUGUGGACCUGAGCGACGAACGUCAAGUGCUCGAUUACCAGAACCAGCAGUACGUGCUUCUGCCGCUCAUAGCAUUGGCCUUUGCAGCCAAUUUUGCUGGAAGAGAAAUAACAUCGUUGCACGACGACGUGCUCAUGUUGGUAAAGAAAGGCAGCGGGUACUUUGCAGCCCGUGUUGCGGAGGUUCAUGCAGUGUCUUCUGGGCUAAAGGCGUUGCUAGCAGACCGCGUGAACGACGGGAUUGAGCAGUGCCGACGACUGUGUGGAGGCUUUGGUUUUCUGCAGUCUAGCAAUUUGGCUCAUUUAUUUGCUGAGAAUGUGGGUGCAUGUACGUUUGAAGGCACGUCUGAUGUACUGGUUCAGCAACACGCGCGUUAUCUGUCAAAGAUGCAUGCUCGUUUGAGCCGUCCAAGUGAAGUCAAUGAAGAUGCAGAAAGUGAUGAUUCGACUAGCUUUCUCCGCUACUGUGAUGUAUACGUCAAUCCUCAUUUGCGAUGCCAUGCUCGCCGCGCAGAGGACUUUGGCAGCUUCGACCUUUUGGCAGAUGCCUUUGUGGUGCGUGCUGCGCGAUCAAUUCAGCACCUUACUGAAGCUAUCGCUGCCUCUAGCAAAGACGAAAGCUCAUAUAUGCUCAUCAUGACUAUCGCCUCGACGCACCAUGCCGAAUUGAUGCUAUUGAAGUCCUUCGUUUCCGGUGUGCAUACACUGCCUUCUGGCAAAACCAAGGCGGCUGUGACACAGCUUUGUCAGCUCUUCGGUGCAUCACUACUUGUGAAGGGAAUGGGUGACUUUCGCCAGCAUAAUUAUCUCUCUUGCGCACAAGGAGACAUGGUACAUCAACAACUUCAAAAGCUAAUGGCUUGUGUGCGUCGGAACGCCGUGCGAUUGACUGAUGCUUGGGACUUCAGCGAUUUCGAGCUCAACUCGACGAUUGGUCGUUACGAUGGAGACAUUUAUCGUGCUCUUGUGGAGAAGACAAAACACGAGCCUUUGAAUUUAUUGCAAGUGCCUCGCGGAUAUAACAAGUACCUCCGUCCGCUCUUUCAGUCAGGGUUGUAG